AGCCGGCUCAGUGCUGGAAGCCCGGUGCAUUGAAGCUUGAGAACCAGAUCCAGUUGGCGCCCAAUGUUCCUGCGCCUCGCUGCCCUGCUGCUGGCUUUGUGCCUGGUGGAUGCUGCACGUCUGAAGCGGAAAGCUCCGAAGCAGGUGCUUGCCCUGGAUCAUGAUGGCAAGACGAAGAUGCUCAUCCAGGUUGGCACUUCCGGCUCAGGACCCGCAUGUGACAAGAUCAAGUGCGCGGACCCGCUGACCUGCCCCCCUGGAUUUCAGGAGACCCAGGUUGAGGGUCAGUGCUGCCCCUAUUGCGUCAAUCCAGAUAUCAAGAUCGAGCCAGAGGUGACUGGAGCAACAGGUAAGGCAGGUGGAAAGAAGAGCGAGUACUGCGAGGAGGUCUGGUGCUUCCCGACCAUGUGCACCAAGGAGCAGGUCAUGCCAACUACCAAGAACGGGAUGUGCUGCCCGCAAUGCCCGGAGUGAUGAGCGUCAGACAAAAUGACGGA